AUGAAUCCUCCUUCACUCCUCCUUCCCCUGCUUCUUCUCAUUAUCCUCAUACUAUCCUGUCACACAACCGCGCAGCCGCAGACGCCGCCGGAAUUCAUCCUCAAAUCCUGCUCCGACGACGCCGGGAACUACACCGACGGCAGCCCAUACCAGCGAAACCUCAACACCCUCCUCUUCUCCUCGCUAACCGCCGACAACCGAACCACCACCGGCCCGCCGCCCGGACCGGACCGGGUCAACGCCAUCGCUCUCUGCCGCGGCGACGUCCCGCUCGACGACUGCCGCCGCUGCCUCGCCGCCGCGGCGCGUCGGAUCCUCGUCGACUGCCCGGUCCAGAAGCAGGCGUUCGGCUACUCCGACUACUGCCAGAUCGGGUACUCGAACCGGUCCAUGUACGGUUCGCCCGUCCCGGACCCGCCCACCUUCCACCGGACCAACGGCAAGAACGUGACCGACCCGGUCCGGUUCGAUGCCGCCCUGGGCGUCUUGCUGACCCGGCUCCGUGACUCGGCGGCGGGAGGAAGCUCCGUGAGGAAAUUCGCGGCGGGGACGGAGCGGGAGCAGCAAGGGUUCGUCACCAUCUACGGGCUCGCGCAGUGCUCUCCCGACCUCUCGCGGCAGCUCUGCGGCGGCUGCCUCACCGGCGUCGGGAACCGGCUCAUCGGCGGGCGGGUCGGGGCGCGGAUCUGGCAGCCCGGUUGCCAGUUGCGGUACGAGACUUAUUUGUUUUACAACGAGACGGAAUCGCCAUCGCCGUCACCGUUGCUGUUCGCCCCGCCACCGUCGGCUCCGGAAGGUAAGCUUCUAUGUUUGAUAUUAGGCGGAGGAAAUAAGAAUGCGAGUAAGAUUCUAAUGGCGACUGUGAUUCCAGUCGUCGGCGCCGCUACGCUCGGCUUCAUUGUCAUCUUCUUCUGCCGCCGCCGGAGAUUGAAGGGGUCGAGAAUCCGUAACCAGAGUCAUAGAGACGCGAGUGAAGCCGCCGAUGAAAUCAGCAACGAGGAGUUCUUGCAAUUCGAUUUUGCAACGAUGAGAGCCGCGACAAAAGAUUUCGCCGAUGAAAGCAAGCUCGGAGAAGGUGGAUUCGGAGUUGUUUACAAGGGAAUUUUAUCAAAUGAACAAGAAGUAGCAGUGAAGAGAUUGGGAAGAGAUUCAAGACAAGGAGAUAUCGAAUUCAAGAACGAAGUUAAGUUGGUGGCCAAGCUUCAACACAGGAAUCUAGUUAGACUUUUGGGCUUUUGCUUAGAAGGAGAGGAGAGGCUUCUCGUAUAUGAGUUCGUCCCUAAUGCCAGCCUCGAUCAUUUCCUCUUCGAUGCAAAUAGACAAAUGAAUCUGAACUGGGAGAGACGAUACAAGAUUAUCGAAGCCAUAACAAGAGGGAUGGUUUAUCUUCACGAGGACUCUCGACUGCGGAUUAUUCACAGGGAUCUGAAAGCCAGCAACAUUUUGUUAGACGCCGAGAUGAAUCCCAAAAUUUCAGAUUUUGGGAUGGCUAGGUUGUUUGAUAUGGACGAGACUCAGGGGAAGACAAACAGAAUCGUUGGGACUUAUGGAUAUAUGGCCCCAGAGUAUGCAAUGCACGGUCAGUUUUCGGCAAAGUCUGACGUGUUUAGUUUUGGAGUGCUUGUUUUGGAGAUUGUGAGCGGCCAUCAGAACUGUUAUGUCCACAGUGGCUCGACUAUAGAGAGCCUCAUAAGUUAUGUAUAUAAGAACUGGAGGAACGGGACUUACACCAACCUCGUGGACCCGUCUCUGGGAACCCGUCCAGGCGCCGAGGUGGCGAGAUGCAUCCACAUUGGGCUGCUGUGCGUGCAGGAGAACAUCAACGACAGGCCGACCAUGGCCGCCGUUGCUCUAAUGCUAUGCAGCCACUCCGUCACCUUGCCGUUGCCUUCCAAGCCGGCCUUCUUCCUCCACACCGGCAACAGUAACAGCACCGGAGGCGGUUCUUCUUCUUCUGGUGAAGCUCAUUCUUUUUCCAGAAACGAGGUUUCUCUAUCCGAGUUCUAUCCUCGUUGA